AUGGCGAUUGAAUCACCUAAUAAAUUGUCGAUCAAGAUACAAGACGAUGGAUGUGGGAUUGUAUUCUUUUCAAAGGAGAAAGAUGAUCGGGUUGAGGUAAAGUUUCAUAGAACUAUUAGGCUUCCCGAAGAUGAUAAGAGCUAUCCACUUCCCUCAUCGAUGGGAUUAUUUGCCAUUGAGAAGGUUGAUGAUUAUUUAGAGACGGUUCCUGAGGAUUUCAAAAAGCAUGGAGGUGUUUUUAUAUGUAUACAACAGAGAGAGGCAUUGAGAAUGGAAUUUGUCAAUACAAAUAUUCAUUUCCCUCAUGCUUUGAAGAUUGCUUCGGGAAAGAUCAAUGUAUUGAGUGGAGAGGAAUGGGAUGAAAGGAUUAUAGAACGCCCAGUUCAAGAUUAUAUUGUUUCACCAAUGCAGAAGAGAUUGGAUGGAAUUAAUUGUGGUGGAUUCAGAAAAGUGAAACAAUUUGUGGCCAUGCCUUUAGGAAAGGGUUACACUCUUGAAGGGCAAUUAAGUACGAAUGAAGAGGAAUCAAUUGGAGGUAUCCAGAUUAUCUGUUUCAACUCUGACAGUAAGAAACGAGAGGAAAAGUUUGGACAAAUUAUUCCAACAAAACCAACCACUCCCAAAAAACCAAUUCCAACAAAUAAGGUGGUUCCACCAACUUCAUCUGUUUCCAAACAACCUCCAAUGGUUAAAAGUUUGUCUGUAAAACAAAAGAAAUCAACACAACCCACACCAAGUCCGAGAUCUACUGGUCCAUAUUUAUCGUCACCUUCUUCUCAAAGAAGAUCAGCGUCUUCCAAUGAGAAGAGUGGACCAGAAGAGAUGGGAAUUGCUCCUGGUGGCUCAAUGAAACAGACCCUAGUAGCAGAUCCAUAUACUCCUCAAUUCUGGGAUGAACAAAGUAAAGCAAGAAUCUUUGUUCAUUUGGUGAAUACAAAGAUGUAUACUCAAAUCACUGGUAAGAGACCAACUGUUUCACCAAUAAGCAAGGAGACAUACUUAAAACUCAAUUAUCCAUGGUAUGAACAUUAUGUUGAAGAGUCUGGGACCAUUCCAUCAAGUGAAAUAUUAUCAGAUAUCAAUACAGUUAAAGAGACUGAUGUCUCUCUAUAUGGAAAAUCAAAAGACUCAACCACCUCAAUAACUGUUGGAAAAAUCAUCAAGAAGACCACUUCAAUAGAAAAGGCUGAUUUUAUUCCUCCACCAUUGCAAACAAAAUCACAUGCGUUUCGUGAUAUUUUGCCAAGAGAAAUAGUGUUUCACAUUGCUACCUUCCUGACAGUUCCUCCUCUUAAUAGAUUGGCUAGAUGUGACAGAUAUUUACUCGAUUUGUUCUUUAAUUUAACAGUUCCAAAAGUGUACUUAAUUCAAAAAAGAAAACAAGAAUUCAAGCAACAAGGGAUUGAGACUGCAAUAGUGUCGAUGAAGGAUAUCUUUAAGGAAGAUGAAGACUCACUUGUGCAAAAACUUGUCUGGAAACCAAUGGUAUUAUUCUACUUCCCAAGCUAUCAAGAAUCGUUAAAUAUCAAAAACUGGAUGCAUGUAUUGAGGAGAAGAGUAACACAUCUCAUGAAAAAGUGCCCAACAGCUCUCCCUCUCACCAAACAAAUGUCAACAGAUGCAUUCAAAGUUGAUAUGCCAACAAAGGAUAGGAGGUUCAUUGAGAAUUGUGAGUGGGAGUAUGAAUGCCCUCUCAAGACAACUGACCUUAAAGAGGCUAGUACAGGUGUAAGGUAUUGUCAUGUUUGUAAAGAGAAGGUCUAUGAAGUAUUCACCAAAGAGGACUUUAAAUCUCACAUCUCACAAGAUCACUGUGUCAUGGUUACAACAGCUCCACAAAGACGAAUCAUGGGAAAAAUAAGAAUACAAUAA